UUGGCUGACUCCAGGUUAGACCCCACGUACAAUGGGCGUCAUUGCACCAGUCAGCAGCGUGUGGGCGGAGAGCCUCGGCAGUGUCAAAAAAAAGACGGCAGGUGUAUCUUUUUGAAGCUUCUUUUGAAAACAGAAUGAUUUUUUUGAACGGGCAAGUAGUUGUUCAGUCCAGUCGGUCUUUGCAUUAAAGAAUAUUGCAUGUGGCACUUGCCUUUGACUUAUUAACAGUGCUGCAGAUAUAAAAUCGAAUUGGAGGACCAGUUUUCUUUUAAUAUUGCCAAAAAGAGAACAUCAAAUAAGAUUGGAAGAAAAUAUCACAAGAAUAUAUAUGAUAUCCAUGAUCAUCAUGCCAGCCUCCAGGUCUGGAACGAGCUGCGAUUACUGGAUAGAUGGAUCCCACAGAGAGAUAGCCUUUGAAGAUUACUACACAGUGGCACAGGAAUUAGGAAGGGGUGCGACAUCUGUUGUGUACAGAUGUCAAGAAAAGCGAACCCAGAAACAAUAUGCUGCAAAGGUCCUGCAGAAAACAAUUGAUAAGAAGAUUGCAAGGACUGAAAUUGGAGUUUUGUUACGACUUUCUCAUCCAAAUAUUAUUAAACUAAAGGAAAUCUUUGAGACACCUGCAGAGAUCAUCCUGAUUCUGGAAUUGGUGACUGGUGGGGAGCUUUUUGACAGGAUUGUAGAGAAAGGAUAUUACAGUGAGAGGGAUGCAGCUCAUGCUGUUAAACAGAUUCUGGAAGCUGUUGCGUAUUUACAUGAGAAUGGAGUGGUACAUCGAGACCUGAAACCAGAAAACCUCCUAUAUGCAGAUCUAUCAUCAGAAGCACCACUGAAAAUAGCUGACUUUGGUCUAUCCAAAAUUCUGAAUGAGCAGGUUACCAUGAAGACAGUUUGUGGGACUCCUGGAUAUUGCGCACCUGAAAUCCUGCGAGGCUGCAGCUAUGGGCCUGAGGUGGAUAUGUGGUCUGUUGGAGUCAUAACUUACAUCUUGCUUUGUGGGUUUGAACCAUUUUUUGAUGCAAGGGGUGACCAGUAUAUGUACAGCAGGAUCUUGAACUGUGACUAUGAAUUUGUCUCCCCCUGGUGGGAUGAUGUGUCUCUAAAUGCAAAAGAUCUGGUUAGAAAACUGAUAGUGCAAGAUCCACAGAAACGGUUAACAGUUCAUCAGGCCUUGCAACACCCUUGGGUGACUGGGAAAGCGGCUAAUAUUGCUCAUAUGGACAACGCUCAGAAGAAAAUGCAAGAAUUUAAUGCAAGGCGCAAACUUAAAGCAGCUGUUAAGGCUGUAGUAGCCUCAAGCCGACUGGGAAAUGCCAGCAAUCAUACCCACAGCAAUCAUGACAGUGUCAAAGGAAGACUCAAUUCUUGCUCCCUUCAAGAGCAGAGCACAGAAAAGGAAAAUGGACAAGAAUCAUAGCUAAGCUCUUGCGAGUGGUUCCCAAAGACUGUCUUCCUCAUGGAAGAUAUGCAAAGAAUGCUGGCAAUGUUCAAUGGCUCAGAACUUUCUUUCCAAAAUGAAUGGUGAUAGCAUAUUUUGCAAAAAAAAACAAUUCUGUAACGUAUGUUCCACAUCUUGUAGUGGAAUGAAAUGGCAGAUCUUCAAAUCAUAUGUGAAGAUUUUAUAUAUAUAUAUAUAUAUAUAUAUAUUUAUAGUAUUUUAUGUUGUAGUACUCAAUGUAGACUGAUAAUGGUAUAAACAUAAUUCUAGGGUCACUGCAGUUUUACAACAUUCAGCACAACAUUUGUAUCCAACUGCUCUUUAGUCCAUUUGUUGGAUAUAAUGUCCACUCUAACUAAUUUUCAUGGCAGAUGCUUUGACUCUGAGGCAAAUGGCAUACAUUAAUUUAAAUAAUUGAAAGGAAAAAGAAACUUGGCCUUAAUCACAAAGCAAUGAAGAUGCUUACUGGGUCAUGUGUGAAAAUUCUCAGUUGAUCCACAGAUUUUGAAUGACUGUAUGUAAUGAAAUAAUAAAAGUAGACCAGAACAAGGCAUACAAAUCAAUAUGAUGAUUUUUAAUUAUAAAUUUACAAUAAUCUGAUAAAUAGGGUACAGCAGCAAUGAAAAAAAUAUUAGCUAUCCAAAAUAAUAACAGAUAUUGUUAGAAAUCCCUAGUGGGUCAAUGCACACUUGAAAAAGAAAGGCAGGUUGUUAUCAGUUUUUAGAUUUUCCUUGUUCUUUCUAGUUCAGCAUUACUAAUCACUCUAAAAGUGAAUCCUGUGCCCUCAAGAAUAAAGAAUAUAUUGCUGCUGUUCAAUACUUAUACAAAAUUAAUGGCCAAGGGACCAUAAUGGUAGAUCACUUAAUUGUGUUAAUGUAUCUUGCCGUAUUGCUCCUUGCCAUGUUUCUCAUCUUCUGAAGGACUAAAUGAUAAUCAUGUCAGGGAGAUAAGAUCAGUUGUAUAAUUAACUUCAUGACUACACAGAGUACCAAGAUAAUGUUAACCCUUACCUAUUUCUUAUCCCUCUUUGAAACUUCAAAACUGUGCCUGAGAUUUGAGCCUCCCUUCGCAUGAUUAUUAUUAUCUUAGGAAAGUGUCUGUCUCUUUCAUUGUUUGAAACUCAAACUUAACAAUGGAGUUACAUUUUGGACCCAGAGACAGAGAAAGGAAAAUCCAAAUCCUUCUCCCACCUUUCUGCCAAGUACUCAUUCAUCAAGCUGUCAAUAAAGAAUAACUUGCUUUUUCGCCCAUGGUUGCGAAGUUAUCUAGUUAGCCGCUUGCUGUAUCCAAUCUAUAAAAGCAAUCUGACAUUACACAUGCAAGUAUUUGAAGAAACUCUAUCUGCCAGUGCUACAUCUCUGCCAAGAGUUGAUCACACCUACUUUCCACCCAAGAAGAUAAUAUAUUCAGUGUGUUCAGUGUAUUCAGUGAAGUGGCAACUUCUGAACACCAGGUGGAGGGAGAAUUUUCAUUGCUGUCAGUGCUCCCAUUACCUCCCAAACCAAGUCCAAAUUCAGCCCAAAGGUGCUGCCUCUCUCUCUCACCCUUCAUAAGGAGCCAAGUGGCCAUGUUGUUUGAUGGCCAGCACUACUUUAGCUACCAAAAGAGAAAAUGCUGGAAAAUCUCAUCAGGU